AUCAAAUGGUCAUGACUAAACCUAAAACCCACACGUCCUCGGGAGGGAAACCGGCAACAUAUUUCUAGUGAGGGUUCGCACCAAAAGAUGGACUUCAGCAUAAAGAUUUUAAUGCAGUUGACUAGAUGAGUAACUUCAAGCACACAGAAAGGAAUCAAGAUGGCAGAAGCCAUUGAAAGAUUCUUUGGAGUUUACCUCUUGUACAAUGUGAAUCCAAAGUUCAAGGGCAGGACUUACAUCGGCUACACAGUCAAUCCCAAUCGAAGAAUACAGCAACAUAACAAGGGAAAACAUGCAGGCGGGGCGUGGCGGACGCAUGGACGGGGGCCAUGGGAAAUGGUCCUGAUCAUCCAUGGAUUCCCAAAUGACAUAUCUGCACUCCGGUUUGAGUGGGCAUGGCAAAAUCCACAGAAAUCUCGUCGAUUGCGACACCUGGUAGGAAAGAAGAAAAAAGAGACUCCUUUCUUGUACCGUUUUCGUAUUGUUUCUGAAAUGCUUCGUCUAGGACCCUGGAAUCGUUUCGCGUUAACAAUACGUUGGCUAAAACAAAGCUAUGUACAGGAUUUUGCUCCAGAUUGCAGACCCCCAAUUCAUAUGCCGAUAGCUUAUGGUCCGGUGAGGAUAAAAACAUUGUGUAAGGACAAGACAGGCAAAAGGAAGAGAUGUCGUAAACAGUCUAGUGAUAGCAGCCCGGAGAAACAAUCCGCCGAGUCAAAACAACCUGAUAUUGGCCAUUUGGUGCUUCCUAGUCAUAAGAGAUGUUCAGUUUGUUUCAAACGUUUACAGGGUGAUGACACAACAGUGAGCUGCAUCCAUCCCAAAUGUUCGAUGAUUUCACAUAUCGUGUGUUUAUCUGAAAGGUUUCUGGUUGAGUCUAAAGAAGAGACAAAAGAAAUGAUUCCGGUGGAAGGAAAAUGCCCAACCUGUAAACAGUUGAUGUUGUGGGGAGAUAUCAUUAGAUUUAAGAUGGGCUGCUACCAGAAUCUGGAGGAGUGUGCAAGUGACCAAGACCAAAACUCCACAGAUGAAGAUGUUUGAAAUGAUGUGUUUUUUGUGGGGGAUAAAUUCUCCACCAGCUAGCCAUCGCGAUGCCUGUAUGAUGGUAGAGAGAUCGACCAUUAGGUGAACCGUCACAACGGGCUAACUAUAGCUGUAAUCAUGAUUUCAAGUUACGCGGACUGAUAACACUGAUAACUAUUAACAGUCCUGUAAUGGAGGUACUGAUGAACAUUCACUUUGUGUAUACUUUGGUAACCCUGUACAUAUGCAGUCAAAGUCUGUAAAUCCUGUUAAAAGAUUCAAUGUUUUGUAUAAUAUUUUUAUCAGGGUUCAAUACAACUCUUACUAUUAAGAUUAUGUGAAAUAAGUGACAGGAUUACUUAAAUGAAGUGUUGGUCACAUUGGAUUGACUAAAAGGACCCAAAAUUCAAAAUAAUUCAUACAA